AUAUAGUGUCAAUAAUUGCACUCGCGCAGACACUAUGCGCUGAGUGCGUAAUUUCAUAGAAAGCUACAUCACAAAUAGAAUUGCAUCUAGUAAUUCAGUUUCACACAGAAGUUCAACCUAAUCAGUCAGAUUUUCAGUUAAUCGAGUCACAUUCACUUCAAACAGAUUAUAAUUUGUCAAUGAAAUGGCGAAAAUUCGCUUGGCCAUACUAGUCGCGAUGAUGUCUUACUGCGCUGCUAAAAACCUCGAUUUUAAUAAUGGCAAUGAAAUGCAAUCGGAGGGACUCACCCAAGAAAACUCGAAUUUAGUUUUCGGUGGUCUGAGCAGCCGUCAGGCUAGUGCGUGUUCCAGUUCUAGCGCCCGAUGCAGUUGUUCCAGCUCGGCAGGCACUUGCAGCUGCAGUAGCACUAGUUGUACAUGCGCUAGUGGCACCUGUACCAUCAGCAGCAAUACUUUCACCAUCACGACGUGCAGCAACUGCAUCUGUACCACCAGUUCAUGCAACAAUGGCGUUUGCACGGUGACUGGUACUAGUGGCACGGCCUGUACCACCGGUACUGGAGGCACUGGAGGCAGUGGAGGAAGUGGAGGUACCGGAGGUACUGGAGGUACUGGUGGCACAAGCGGCACUGGUGGUACUGGUGGCACUAGCGGAGGAGGUGGAGGAGGUGGAGGAGGCGGUGGAGGCGGCGGUGGAGGAGGAGGAGGCGGAGGAGGAAAAAAAUAAGGGACACGAGUGUCAUAAAGGCAAUUGUAUUCAAUACAAUGUUAGUGUUUUAUCCCUUAUGGUACCAUCAUUGCAUGCCUUUGUAUAACAUGAAUGUACCAAUGACGCAAUAAAAUCGAUCGUGGGAUGAACAGAAA